GUUCACUGAAGAUUGAACAACACAACAGUUGACUAAUUUGACUUCAUUUUUAUUAUGUCCUCAGUCUGCCUCGUUCAGUAUGCGGUGUUAGUAAAUCUUAUUGUGUUAUGCGCGGCGACACUUAACACAGCUACUACUGAACAGUCUUUUUCCCAGAAAGGCCACGCCCAAACACAGGGAAAGUCAAAGGUCCUUCCACCACGAACACUGCCGGGAGAUAUAAAUCACGCGGGGGCGAAAAUAGGAAAUGUGUGUACGGGAGUUCCUGAUGGUGACUACGCCGACAUACAUAACCCGUAUGGUUAUAUCACCUGCCAAGGAGGUCAGACAAUCCGUAAAAACUGUCCACCAGGGAAGAUGUGGGAUACAGAGACGAAAAGCUGCGUUAUGCAACUGUGA